CCCACACAUACAUCACUCAUCGUAGAGGCCUAUUCAGACUCUCGACUCUUGGUCUCUUACACGCACCGAGACUCUGCCCAGCGUAGGCUGUGCCCCCACACUUCUAAGUUUCAUGCCGCUCCAUCUUCACCGCUGCCAGCCGAUGCUUCAGGCAGAGCUUGAGCACAGAACCCGCCUGCCACCGUUGUCUUUCCAUAAGUAUCCUGGCCAGCAGCGUUACCAACUUCUUGACGGCUACCACUCGACACCUCUGCCUGGUGCUCCUGUUCUGUCCCACCCGCUUCUUAUUUUUCCGAAUCAUACGCUUCCAACCACAGUGGAGUGUUGCUCUACUACUAUAGCACCAUAACACCAUAGCAUCCGGCUCCCGGCUCCUCUCGGUAUCGGACCUCUUGAAAGAUUGGGAGCCUCGUUGGAGUCGUUUCACGUAUCCUACGCGGAAACAAAGCUCUGCAGUCGAAAAUGCGAACCACCACCAAGUUCAGGCUGUUGCUCAGCAUCUAUUUGAUGGAAACCCUGAUCACCAUGCAGUACAGCACUAUCAUUACAGCCGCGAACGACCUUGUGGGAGGCAGAGCCCCGAUGGGCCUGGUGCUCUUCGCUUACAGCGUUCCAUCGAUUCUCACACGGGUUAUAGUUCCUCUCUCGAGUUUUCGAGAUUUCGAUAAUAUUCGGUUCAUCUCCCGUCUUAUAGGUCGAGACCCCUCCGACUUCGCGUCUCGAGAAUUUUCGGCCACCAUAUCGCUGUCGAGGGAGGUAAACUACCCGUUGCGGCUCCUCGUAUGCGCGGUUUCCUCGUUCCUUGGGUUACAGUUGCUAUCAAUAUUCUCGAAUAUCCCCACCAGGGUUCUUGGCAUUAUGUUGGCAGCCUUGAGUUCGAAUCUUGGUGACAUGUCAUUCCAGAUGCUCUGUGCUCGAUAUCCGAAGGCGUCCAAGUGGGCUUUCUUCGGCUAUACCACUGGGAGUGGCACCGCAGCGGUAAUCGGCGCAUCUUAUUAUACGUUCGUGACUUCAUGGAUGCAAUGGAACUAUGGUUGGGCACUGUCGAUUGUUGGUGUUGCACCCGUCCUCGGUGGGCUGUGUUAUGCGUUUAUUCUUCCGGAUCCGGAGGACGACGUGAUGCUUCCGAACAUCAAGGAUCAGGAGAAGGAGGGGAUUGUCCAGUUGCCAUGGAAAGACAAACUUAGGAUCAUCAGGCCGAUGUUUGUUCCGUACAUGCUUCCUCUCGCCACGAUAUUCUUCCUGGAGCAUUGCACUACCCAGGGCAUAUUUCCAACCUUACUCUACUACCUUCCGCUCGACCUCCAUUCGUUUCGUUUUGCCAAAUUCUUCAACCGAAUCUUCACCGAGAGUCGGGAAUUCUAUCCCUUCUAUUUGACAGUAAACCAAGCUGCCAACCUCAUCGGCCGCUGCUCCAUCAUAUUUUCCCCCCUGCCAGGCGGAAAGACCCGCUCCACGGCAUGCUAUUGGACUCUAACAGUCGUUGAAGGCCUCGUCCUGGCCAUCCAGGGCGCCAACAGCGUCUCCAUGACCUCAUCCCUAACCACCACCCUCUACGGCCCUGCCGGCGUCCUCCUCCUCACUUUCCUCGGCGGUGCUUCCGCUGGUAUAGUCUUUUGCAACACCUACUGGAAAGUAAUGAAACUCCCCCUUCCACCCGCAGUGUACAAAGCACUUGACGCUGCACGGGUUCGGGCGGGGGUGGCAGUGACGCAAGGGGAAGAGGGGAUUAGACUCCUAGAUGACAUUGCCCCAACACUGCGGGAGAGGAGUGCUACUGAGGACAUGGCGCUCCGUGAGUUUUUGCUGAGUGCGGUGGCGCCGCCAGACGUGGCUUCUGUGACGAUAGCGAGCUUGGUUGGGAUGGGACUGCAGAGGGGACUGUGUGCUUGGCAGGUAAUGAAUGGGAGGGAGCUUUGUCUCAGGCCCGUGUCCGGGGAGUAGCCGCUUGUAUUGUAUUGAACCGUGCUGAACGGUGCUUGCAUAUAUUUUGAUACAAUGGAUUUCUG